CUGGGGAGAGCGGAUAUAGUGAAUACUGGGUCCGGGGAGACCAGAUAUAGUGAAUGCAGGGUCCGAGGAGACCAGAUAUAGUGAAUGCAGGGUCUUGGGAGACCAGAUAUAGUGAAUGCAGGGUCUGGGGAGACCAGAUAUAGUGAAUGCAGGGUCCUGGGAGACCGGAUAUAGUGAAUGCAGGGUCUGGGGAGACCAUAUAUAUAGUGAAUGCAGGGUCCGGGGAGACCGAUAUAGUGAAUGCAGGGUCUGAGGAGACCGGAUAUAGUGAAUGCAGGGUCCGGGGAGACCAGAUAUAGUGAAUGCAGGGGUCUGGGGAGACCAGAUAUAGUGAAUGCAGGGUCCUGGGGACCAGAUAUAGUGAAU